AUGCCGAACAAGGUCAAGGCCCAUGAACUUCACUCAAAGAACAAGGCAGAUUUGAGCAAACAGCUGGCAGAGCUCAAGGGCGAGCUCCUCACUUUGCGCGUCCAGAAGAUUGCCAAUGGCUCGGCAGCCAAAAUCACCCGCAUAAACGGUGUCCGAAAGGCCAUCGCCCGCGUCUUGACAGUCACCAACCUCAAGCAACGCCAGCACCUACGAGAGUUUUACAAGAAGAAGAAGCAUCUUCCUCUUGACCUCCGACCAAAAAAGACCCGAGCUAUCCGUCGUCAACUGACCAAGCACGAAAAGUCGCAGGUUACCCUGAAGCAAAAGAAGAAGAACAUUCACUUCCCGAGGCGCAAGUUUGCUUUGAGGGCGUGA